AUGGCUACAAGUCUCCCCGCGGUUGUUAUUGAUAACGGAACGGCCACCACGCGUGCCGGUUUUGCCCUGGAAGAUAUCCCCUCUGUUGUUUUCGAUUCUAAUUAUCUGGUGGACGAAAAUGGAAAUGUUCUCGUGGGUGAGCACAACAUCAACACGCGCCCCGACCUUGAAGUUAUGACUUUGCUCGACAAUGGUUUGAUCUACAAUUUUGAUCACAUUGAGCGCAAUUGGGAACAUGUGUACAAAAGUUUGGAUAGCGGUAAUGGCGCCGACCCAAAAGAGCAUCCAUUAAUGAUGACUGAACAAACGUGGAACAGUGCGAAAAACAGGGCAAGCACAGCACAAAUUGCUUUUGAAAACCUCCAAGUGCCCUUGUUUUCCUUGGUAAAGUCUCCAUUAGCUCAGCUCUAUCACAUGGGUCGCUCUACAGGCUUGGUGGUGGACGUGGGGGCUGGAGUUGCUAGUGUUACACCAAUUUUGGAUGGUGUCAUUCAACAUAAAUCCUCUUUCCAUUCGAAAUACGCGGGCGACUUCGCUAACUUACACGCUUUACGCAGUUUGGAAGCUAAGUUGGGCUACGAGACUACACAACUUGACUAUACGCGCUUAUUACCGAAGAAGUUUCUUUCGGGUACAGUAAGUCUGUCGUUUAAGCUGUAUCAUGUUACGCACAAUCUUUUGCACAGCUUUAAGCAAACAAUGCUCUAUGUGAGCGAACCGCCAAUUGGAAUAGCUCCUGCAAAUCAGUAUUACCUGCAGCCACAACACCAACAUCCGGGUUCUUUCCAAUUACCGGACGGCACAAAUGUUCCAUAUUCAGAUCUGGAGCUUCUUGCUGUGACAGAGCCACUUUUUGUGCCACAUGUGUACAAAUUACCAGGCGUCAAUAUUCCUGAUCCGGCUUUUGACAAGGCUGGCACGCAUGGAAUCUCAAAUUUGGUUUUGUUCGCCAUAAAAAACUUGGAGAUGUCAUUCUUGUCAAAUAGUGAUAGCCAGAAUGCCAAUGCUAAUGCGCGCUUCAAUGAAAUUUUGAGACAAUUGUUUUCCAACACCUUGGUAACUGGUGGAGGUUCUCUUAUUUCAGGCUUCACUGACAGGCUCUGUGGGGAUCUCAGCCGUUCAGCUCCACUGGUUUUACCGAACUAUCUUGUCACCGGCUCUUACAAGUUGUAUAUCAGCCCCUUGAGAAACCAUUCGUCAAAUGAUAUCAACGACACAUUUGAUAAACAGUUUGGAUCAUGGUUGGGCGCAGCUAAUUUGGCGAACAUGCUCAAUGAAGUCGUAGAGGAAGAGGGAGCAAAUGUCAAUAUUGCCCUAGACAACUGGUUUAUCUCCAAGGCUGACUAUGAGGAGCUCGGUGAAGAUUUGAUUGUUGAAAAGUUCAAGUAG